AUGGCUGAUUUGCGUCAAGUAGGAUCGCUCUGGACUCCAGAGGAAGAUGUAAUUCUUUUGCAGCACGUGGCUCGUUACGGCACCAAGCAUUGGGGCUCUCUUCAAUCCAGCUCAACUUUACCUCACCGCGAUCAGAAGGCGUGUUGUAACCGAUUUAUUCUUCUUAAGAGGAAAUUCUUUCAGGCUCGAGCUAAGGGUCAGAAUUUGCAGACCAUCUUCCCCUACAUCAAUGUAAACUCCGAGCCUCGAAGCCCCUCGGCGGCGGUGGCCUCGUCGAUGCUUCACGCUCCCGCAUCCUCGUCGAUGUUUCACGCACCUUCAUCUCCUUCCGCGGAAAUUGCUCUCCGCGUGAACGUUUCGUCUCGCGUCAUCUCCAAGCGCGCCGCAGCUCCGUCCCUUGCAAAGCCUGCCAUCCUUCAGUCCGCGUCCACUAGUGUUCAAGAUCAAGCCUCAAAUGGCGGCGGUUCCGUGUGGAUGCCGAGUCUCAUUGACGCGCAGCGCUCUACCGCUCUUUCAGAUCCCUCGUCUCCCCUCAGCGCCUCUCACGGUUUGCUGUCCAUGCAGAAGCAGCAUCAGCAGCAGCAGCAACUACAGCAGCUGCUCGUCACGAUCGGCCAAUCAGCGAACGCAGUGAGCCAAGCCGCGAUGCAGUUCGUCAACGCCACGUCGUCCGCCAACCCUACUUCAUUUUCCGCCAACCACGUGAGCCAGCAGCAGCCUUCCGCCGCGGGCCAGCAGAGCGCAGCGGACGCGGUCGUGAAUAUGAUUCUGUGCAAACUCGCCGGCGACGCGUCUUGCUUCUCGAAGCAUCCAGUCGCGAGCGCAGCAACGGCAAGCCCGGCGUCGUCCAAAUCGGACGUCUCCGUCGAGCCCGCCUCUGCGCCUGCUCCCUCCGCUCCCCUUCUCGACGCCUCGUCCCGCCCCUCGUCCGCCACCCCUCGCCGUCCGUCUCUCAUCUCCGCGCCGCAGCGCGGGCCGUCCGCCGUCGUGCCGUCCUCCGCGGCGUCCGCUGAUUCAUGCGCGAGUCUGCAGCAGGUGGUGCCGGGAUGGGAGGGCGAGACGGAGAGCGACGACGACAUGCUGCUGGCAUACCUGUACGCGCAGGGCCACACGCAAGCAACGGCGCUGGAUGCGCUUGGAAACGAGAGAAAGCCGGCUGGCGCAGUGGUGGAGGUCGAGGAGCAACAGGAGCAGCACGUGCAGCACGUGCAGCAGGCGGCGAGGCAGGAGGAGGCGAUGGCAUCGGAUGGAGCAGCGGACAUGUCGCUGCUGAUGCAGCUGCAUGAGGUGAUGGCUCUUGAGAAGCUCGUCGCUGCUGGCGCGUCCUCCGCGCCCGCUGCUGCCGAUGCUUCUCCUCGCGCCACCCCCACCGCAGCCCCCGCGUCAGCCCUGGCGCCUCUCCCGCCCCGCGCCACGAACGCUCCGGUUUCCCGUGUGGCUGCAUCGGGUGCAGCUGUUCCGGUUGCCAGGAGCGCCUCUCAGCGCCCAGACUCGUUCCUGGAGCAGAUGUCGAGUGCACCAGGGCGCAUGCUGUUUGGGUUCAGCCCUGUUUACGACCUCAUGGCGCCUGGAGCUUCGUGGGACGCCCAUGCUGCUGCUGCUGGUGAUGUGGCUGGAUGGGAUUUGAAGGAAAUGGUUGAUGCGUCGGCGUUCAACCUGGGUGCUUCUGCAGCCUUCGCUGAUGACCGCGCGAGAUGCUCUGAGCGGCGUUACUCCCAACGCGCUCCUUCUGCUACCACCACUGGCGCUGAUCUGCCGAGAGCCAGUGCUGAAGCGGUGGACGUGGCGAGUGCCGGUGCUGAAGUGGCGGAACAUGGCGCUGACGUGGCGUCCGCACGAAGCACGAGGGAGGCGGCGGAGGCAGCGGGGCGCGGGAAGGGGCUGCUGGCGUUCUACGCGGACCACCACGUGGUGCCCCUUCCCGACGGCCACCGCUUCCCCAUGGACAAGUACCGCACCACUCGCCUUCUCCUGCAGUCAGAUGCAUCUCUAGAUCGCAUCCUGGCCGUCCAUCCCGCGCCCCUUGUCUCACGGGAGGAGCUUCAGCAGGUGCAUGAGGAGGGCUACCUGACGCGGCUCUUCACGCACGCCCUCUCAGCGCAGGAGGAGCGAGUGCUGGGCUUCCCCUGGUCGCCGCACCUGCUGCUGCGCUCACAGGCAUCGUGCGGCGGCACUGUAGCAGCCACCCACGCGGUGCUCAUGGGGCUCAGGCGGGCGGCGGCGGUGCUGGCGGGCGGCACACACCAUGCGUUCAGGGGGCAUGGGGAGGGCUUCUGUGUGUUCAACGACAUAGCAGUGGCAGCCGUGGCAGCCCUAACUCACCACCCCAACAUCUGCAACGCCCAUCGGCCCAUCCUGGCCCUUGAUCUCGACGUGCACCAGGGCAACGGCACGGCGAGCAUAUUCGAGGGCGACCCGCGAGUGGUGACAUUCUCAAUGCACGGCGCCAACAACUACCCGUGGCGCUCCAAGCGCCGCUCCGACUACGACGUAGAGCUGCCCGAUGACAUGGGGGACACUGCUUACCUCGCCCUGCUCCAAGAAUGGCUGCCCAGGCUGUUUGACCAGCACCGGCCGAGCCUCGUCAUUUUCCAGGCAGGGGUGGAUGCUCUUAAAGAGGACAGUUUUGGCAGGCUUGCAAUGACUAGGGCCGGCAUGCUGAGGAGGAACAACAUGGUGUACAGUGCGUGUAUCGACAACGGCGUGCCAUUGGUCAUCACCAUGGGGGGAGGCUAUUCACGACCGCCAGAUGCUUCCAUCGCAGCACAUGCUGAUGUGUAUAGCCUCGCUCUAGCACCGCACUGCGCGCCGAUGGCUGCUGCCCCGCCUCUCACGGCGAGUCCACGCAAGGCCGCGUCACCUUCACCUUGUGCGGAGGUCGCGCCAGCCAUCCCCAGCAUGACGCUGAGCCCGCUUAAGCCGACCUCCGCCGCCGCCGCCGCCGCGGAAGGCCCUCUCUCCAUCGUCAUCUUCGGCGCGUCGGGUGAUUUGGCGAAAAAGAAGACGUUUCCCGCGCUCUUCAAUCUCUUCCAGCAUGGCUUUCUCCCCGCGGGGGAGAUCCGCAUCUUCGGAUACGCGCGCUCGCAGAUGACGUCGGAGCAGCUGCGCGAGAAAAUCAAGGGCUACCUCAAGCCCAAGGCCGACACGGCCCCCGCCCAGGACCCCGUCGCUGCCUUCCUCAACGUCGUGGACUACAUCCACGGCCCCUAUGACGGCCGGGACGGCUACGCCAAGCUGCAGGAGGCCAUGCUCGCCUUCGAAGCCACCACCACUCCCACUGCCGCCACCAGCGACAGCACCACCAGCACCUCCAGUGACAGCAGCAGCGGGACGACGAGGCGGCUGUUCUACCUGGCGCUGCCGCCGUCGGUGUACCCGCCAGUGUGUGCGGAGGUGCGGCGGUACUGCAUGAACGCGCGCGGGUGGACGCGCGUGAUCGUGGAGAAGCCCUUUGGGCGCGACCUGGCGAGUGCGGAGGCGCUGAGCGGCGAGCUGGGCGCGCUGUUCAGCGAGGAGCAGAUCUACCGCAUCGACCACUACCUCGGCAAGGAGGUCGUUCAGAACCUGUUGGUGAUGCGCUUCGCUAAUCGCUUCUUCGUGCCGCUGUGGAACCGAGACAAUGUCGCCAACGUGCAGAUUGUGUUCAGGGAGGACUUCGGCACGGAGGGCCGCGGAGGCUACUUCGACCAGUACGGCAUCAUUCGGGACAUCAUCCAGAACCAUCUCAUGCAGGUGCUGUGCCUGGUGGCGAUGGAGAAGCCGGUGUCAGUGCAGGCGGAGGACAUCCGAGACGAGAAGGUGAAGGUGCUGCGCGCCAUGCAGCCCAUCAGGGAGGACGAGGUGGUGCUGGGGCAGUACGACGGGUACACCGACGACCCCACGGUGCCUGACGGCUCCCACAUGCCCACCUUCGCGUCUCUUGUGCUCCGCAUCAAGAACGAGCGCUGGGAUGGGGUGCCGUUCAUAAUGAAGGCGGGCAAGGCACUGGAAUCACGCAAGGCGGAGAUCCGAGUGCAGUUCCAUGACGUGCCGGGAGAUAUAUUUGGCUGUGGGCGGAACUCGCGGGACGAGUUUGUGAUGCGGCUGCAGCCAGCAGAGGCCAUGUACAUGAAGCUCACGGUGAAGAAGCCAGGGUUGGAGAUGGCAGCGACGAUGAGUGAGUUGGAUCUGAGCUACAGCCAGCGCUACUCUGGGGUGGUCAUCCCCGAGGCAUACGAGCGCCUUAUCCUCGACAGCAUCAAUGGCGACCAGCAGCACUUCGUGCGCCGAGACGAGCUCAAGGCUGCAUGGGAGAUCUUCACGCCGCUGCUGCACCGCAUCGACCAGGGCGCCCUCCCCCUGCACCCCUACAAACAAGGCAGCCGGGGCCCUGAUCACGCGGACGAGCUGGCAGAGCGUGUGGGAUACCGCCGCACUCAGGGGUAUUGCUGGAUUCCGCCUACGCUCGCGGAAUAG